UGGCACACAGCGGCUAAACUUCCGGCGUAUGUGUUCGACAUCCGAGGCGGAGACGGCGUAAGGGAAGGGAUUACUGGAAAUUUCACUCUGGAACGAAAGGUCCGAAAGUACGGCGAGAAAGCCAGACGAAGGGCCACGGGCGAAUUGAUCCGAGGGCGACGACUGGGGACAGCUGUCCGCUGGACUCGCUCAACACGCCAUUAAACCCUGUUGGAGAUUUAGGGAUGAACUUUAGGAAUGAACGUUAACCAGCAAGCGCACAUGGCCUCCCCGUAUGGACAGCCACCGCCCGGUUACCAGGGAUACGCUCAGCCCGGCUACGGGGGGCAGCACAUGGCCGGGGGCUACCCUGCCCAGUACUUGCCCUACAAUGGCCCCGCCCCUGGACACCAGCAAGGAGCCCCCCCUCCAGGAUAUUCUGCUUACUCAAGCUUUCCCUCUAAGGCUCUCGAAGCAAACGUAGUUUCAGACCUGUCCUGUCCCUCUCCUCUUGACCUGGGUACAGCACGACAGCCCCCAAACUCUGGGGCUCCCCCUGUCUCAGCCCCGCAGGCCUACAGUAAUUACCCCCAGGGAGGGGUGCUGAACGGCCCCCCCUCCAUGAACAGCCAGCCGCAGAGGCCACCUGUUUCUCAGCCCUACGCCCAACCCCAGGCCCAUCCUCCCACCACCCAGCCGGCCUAUCACCAGCAGCCGUACGGAGCCCCGCCCACAAGCACACAGCAGAUGACCAAUCAGAUGGCUGGCAUGCAGAUCAGCUCCACUGCACCAUCCAUGGGAGCUCCCGACUAUGGCCCGCCCCCCUCCUCUCAGGCUCCUCCCACCACUUUUGCGACCUCUGCCCCGCCCUCUUUCGCCCCCCACUCGACCCCCGCUUCCCAGCCCCAGGGGCCCCCUCCUCCUCAGUACGGGGCGCCCCCCCCUUCCUCGCAUGGGCCCCCCCCUUCUUCACAUGGGCCCCCUCCUCCCUCACAUGGGCCCCCCCCUUCAUCACAUGGGCCCCCUCCUUCCUCACAUGGCCCCCACCUUCUCACAUGGCGCUUCCCCGAACUGCCCCGCCCCCUUUUCAGGCGCCCCCUCCCCUCGCAGUCCUUCUCCUCGGCGCCCCCUCCCUCGCAUCCUUUCCGCCGCCCCCCUCCUCUCAGCCCCGUUCGGCGUCCGCCCCGCCCCCCACUUCACGGCCGCCUCGUUCCCUCCACUUCCCGCGGCCCCCAGCAGCCCCCGCCUCCCAGUCCGGCCCUUUCCAGCAAGCCCCGCCCCCGCCGCGGCUUCCCCCCACCGACGGGGGUGGGCGCCCCCCGACCCCCUGGCAUGCAGGGAGCCCCGCUCCCGCACCAGUCCCUGUCGGGUCCGGCCCUGCCCCCGCAGCCCAAUCACGUGGCUGGAGGGCCUCCCCCCGGACCCCCCCCGGGAGGCAUGCCCGGACCCCCCCCACAGGGAGGGCUGCAGGGCUACCAGCCGCAGCAGAACGGUGCGUUUGGGCAGGUGAGGGGGCCCCAGCCUGGCUAUCCGGGCGGGUAUCCUGGCCAGCCCACCGGCCCGGCGCCCGCCCCGCCCGGCUCCGCCCCCAAGCGGCUGGACCCCAACUCCAUCCCCAGCCCGCAAGCGACAGAACUGCAGCCCGUGCAGAAAACCAGACAUAGAAUAGACCCAGACGCUAUACCCAGCCCAAUUCAGGUGAUCGAGGACGACAGAGCCAGCAAGAGCGGCGAGCCCUUCACCACCGGGGUCAGGGGUCAAGCUCCGCCCCUCGUCACGACCAACUUCCUGGUCAAGGAUCAAGGGAACGCCAGCCCCCGCUUCGUCCGCUGCACGGCCUACAACGUGCCCUGCACCUCCGACAUGGCCAAGCAGUCCCAGGUGCCCCUGGCCGCCGUCAUCAAGCCGCUGGCCCCCUUACCGCCGGACGAGAUGCCCCCGUACCUGGUGGACCACGGAGAUAGCGGGCCCAUCCGCUGCAACCGCUGCAAGGCCUACAUGUGUCCCUACAUGCAGUUCAUCGAGGGCGGCCGCCGCUUCCAGUGCGGCUUCUGCAGCUGCGUGACGGAAGUCCCGGCGCAUUACUUCCAGCACUUGGACCACACGGGCCGGCGCGUGGACAGCUACGAGCGGCCGGAGCUCUCCAUGGGCAGCUACGAGUUCCGCGCCACCGUCGACUACUGCAAGAACAACAAGCUGCCCCAGCCCCCGGCGUACAUAUUCCUGAUCGACGUGUCGUACAACGCCGUCAGGAGCAACCUGGUCAGCAUCAUCUGUGAAGAGCUGAAGACGCUGUUGGACUACCUGCCCAGGGAGAGCCCGGAGGCGGACUCCGGCGUCAGGGUGGGCUUCGUCACCUACAACAAGGUGCUGCACUUCUACAACGUCAAGGGCUCCCUGGCGCAGCCGCAGAUGAUGGUGGUGUCGGACGUGGCCGACAUGUUCGUGCCGCUGCUCGACGGCUUCCUGGUCAACGUGGGCGAGUCCCGCGCCGUCAUAAACAGCCUGCUGGACCAGAUCCCGGAGAUGUUCGCCGACACGCGUGAGACAGAGACCGUGUUCGGCCCGGUCAUCCAGGCCGGGCUGGAGGCCCUGAAGGCUGCCGACUGUGCCGGGAAGCUCUUCAUCUUCCACUCCUCGCUGCCCAUCGCCGAGGCCCCUGGGAAGCUGAAGAACCGCGAGGACAAGAAGCUGGUGGGCACGGACAAGGAGAAGUCUCUGUUCCAGCCCCAGACCAGUUUCUACGGCAACCUGGCCAAGGAGUGCGUGGCGCAGGGCUGCUGCGUGGACCUCUUCCUCUUCCCCAGCCAGUACGUGGACGUGGCCACGCUGGGCGUCGUCCCCGUCUCCACCGGCGGCUCCGUCUACAAGUACACCUACUUCCAGGCGGACACGGACAGCGGGCGCUUCCUGAACGACCUGCGCCGGGACGUGCAGAAGAACAUGGGCUUCGACGCCGUGAUGAGGGUCCGCACCAGCACCGGUAUCCGAGCGACAGACUUCUUCGGCUCCUUCUACAUGAGCAACACCACGGACGUGGAGCAGGCCGGCCUGGACCCUGACAAGACGGUAACCGUGGAGUUCCGCCACGACGACAAGCUCAGCGAGGAGACCGGCGCGCUAAUGCAGUGUGCUGUGCUCUACACCAGCUGCACCGGUCAGAGGCGGUUGCGGGUUCACAACCUGGCGCUGAACUGCUGCUCCCAGCUGGCCGACCUGUACCGCAACUGCGAGACCGACACCCUCAUCAACUUCUUCACCAAAUACGCGUACCGCAGUGUUCUGAGCAGCCCCACCAAGGCGGUGAGGGACACCCUGGUGAACCAGUGCGCCCAAAUCCUGGCCUGCUACCGCAAGAACUGCGCCAGCCCCUCUUCUGCAGGACAGCUCAUCCUGCCCGAGUGCAUGAAGCUGCUGCCCGUGUACCUGAACUGCGUGCUGAAGAGCGACGUGCUGCACCCCGGGGCCGACGUCUCCCUGGACGACCGCGCCUACCUGCGCCAGCUGCUCAGCUGCAUGGACGUGGCCGAGAGCCACGUCUUCUUCUACCCCCGCCUUCUGCCCCUGCAUGAGCUGGACGUGGACGGAGACGCACUGCCCAUGGCUGUGCGCGGCUCGGAGGAGCGGCUGUCGAAGGGCGGGGUGUACCUGCUGGAGAACGGCCUCAACCUCUUCCUCUGGGUGGGGGCCAACGUGCAGCAGGAGCUUCUCCAGAACAUCUUCGGCACCCCCACCUUCGGACAGAUCGACCCCAACAUGACGGCCCUGCCCGAGCUGGAUAACCCCUUCUCCAAGAGGCUGCGGGAGAUCAUCCAGUCCUUCCGAACGCAGCGCUCGCGCUACAUGAAGCUGAUGGUGGUGAAACAGGAAGACAAGCUGGAGCUCAUCUUCAAGCACUUCCUGGUGGAGGACAAGAGCAACCACGGCGGGGCGUCCUACGUGGACUUCCUGUGUCACAUGCACAAGGAGAUCCGGCAGCUGCUGAGUUAGGAGAGGGUCGCCUGCCCCCCUGCGACCCUCCCCCUCUCCCUCCCUCCACACCCCCCCACCUCUGCCACCCCUCAGCUCACAGACUCGUUCCAUCUUUUAUUUCACACCAUAAACAACAUGAAUUGACCUUUGACCCUCUGCCCCUCACCUCCCUUCUUCCUGUACCGUCUCCUUAGAGACCGAACGAGGACAGUAGUGUUACGAUUGGUGGGCAACUGACUGUCACUGUCAUAGGGCUCAUUCCCCAGGAGCUGUGAGCCUGCGUGUGUGAAACCUCCAUUCUGAUUGGUCAGAUUUCCUGUCACUCAGAAACUGUGGCACUUGAAAGGCCACUGGUCUGGUAGGGUGGGGGGAGCGGGGCGGGACACUGGUGAAAAUGCGGAGCGUGGAAUGGCUGAGAUUUGUACAGGAAAAGCAAAUCUGGCCGGAGUGAAAAGUGAAAUUCAGUAGCCGGUUUAAAAAAACUAAGAUGUAUUUAAAAAGAGAAUAAGAAAUCUUGGUUUUACAUGCGGAGAUUUAUUUUUAUAUAUUCCGCUCUAGCGGUCUCUUGUGCUCUCUCUCUCUCUCUCUCUCUCUCUCUCUCUCUCUCGUUCGCUCGCUCUGUGCAAGUCUUUCUCGUCCCACCAAGUUGUUUUGUCCAUCCCAUGAUCCUCUCUGUUCUUUAGGUUAAUGUUUUUAUUUUUGAAAUACGGGGGUGGGGGGGUGGGGCUUUGUAGUUGAGGCGAGAGCAGAGAGCGCAGUUUUGGGUGAAGUUUACACUUUCUGGGUUUUCCAUUGGACGAUUGCAUCCUCAGCACCCCGGGGGGGCGUGGGGAGGGGGGGGGGAGGAGGAGGAGGCGCUAAAUUUAAAUCUAUGCAUCGGCCCGUCUGGGGAGAAACCUGCGGGAAUGCUGAGGCUGGCAGGUGGGGGGGGGGGGUGACCUUUUGCGGACGGGGACUGUGAAGGUCAGACGGAGUCGUGGUCGCGCUCCUCCUGUCCACUAGGUGGCGCGUGCGAGCAGACCGAAGGUCCCUGGCUGUAUAACCCGGUCCGGUAUCACUGAGAGAGCCAGGGCUCCAGCAGGCGAUGGCGACGGUGGCGGAAGAGGGUCAGCACUGUGAUGCCGAUCUGUCCCUGAUGGCGGCGGCCGUGGUGUUAGCGGAUAGACGGGGUCAAAGUUCACAGACCAUAGAGCUCCUUGUAGCCGGCCGGGUGCACUAUUGUCACGGACGCUUUCGAAGAGGAGGAGCGAAAUUAGCCGUUGGGAAAUAACCGCAUGGGUGACGAGUCCUGACCGGAUCCUCUUAGCAAAAGUUAACGUUAGCGACUACAGCUACAGCAACAGCUAUAACGAUAUAAUAUUAAUCAUGAGAUAAAUCUGUAUUUUCAUAGCGUGUUUAUCGGCUUUGCGGUCUGACGGAGCCUGAUUGUCUGUGCUUUUUUUUUUUUUUUUUCCUUUAUGCUUCAUCAAUCAUGUUCACACCUCUGAACCCGCAUCUCUGUUCAUCACUCCUGUGAUUUUUUUUUUUUCCUUUUCUUUUCCCUGUAAAUGAAAUCAGAUGAUUUAAAGAAAGUGUGUUUUCUCUCCUCUGUGUACAUAACAUGUAAAAGGGUCUUUGUUUUUUUGUUUGUUUUUUUUUUCCUGAUUGAAAUAAGGGAGAUGUUUGUUUAUAGGUGGGAGGGGAGCGUGGGGCAGUUUUUUUUUUUGGGGUGGGGGGGGUUAAUGCGGUGAGGUGCCUCCUACAAUAAUAAUUCAGAUAAUUAGAAAAUAUUUCAUAAGUUUUUUUUUUUUUUUUUUUUUUUUGAGAGCUAAUGUGAUUUUUGGCCUUCCUUACCCCUUCCUGGGGUCUGUGGGGCGGGCGAGUGAAGGUGCACUGGCCCGGCUCGGCUUGGCUCGGCACUGAUACGGAAGGGAGGCGGUGGUGGUCCGUGGAGACACGGCCCCUAACGGAGAAGACUUUUCCAGGAGCGACGGGCCGAGCUCGCCGGCGGACAGCCGAUCCUCGCGGAUCUCCACCCGAGAAGAACAAACCGCGCCGACCCGGGCGUCUGGCGCCCCGCCCCACCCGAGCGGGGAGUUUUAUGAACCAUUUUACACCGAUUCCUUCACUUUGUUUCUGGGAAUUUUUUAACACUGGUUCCAUUAUAAACCCUACCCCUUCCUCCACGUCUUACCCUUUCUGUGAUAAAUACACACACUGUCGAUGUCGAAA